AUGGCCACUUCCUUCUCCUCAACCCACAUCGUGAUUGAUGGGAAGGGCCAUCUCCUUGGACGCUUAGCUUCUAUUAUUUCCAAGCAAAUCCUCUCUGGCCAGAAGAUUGUCGUUGUAAGAUGCGAAGAGAUCAAUAUCUCUGGCAGCUUCUUCCGGAACAAGCUCCGUUACCACAACUUCCUUCACAAGCGUCAUAUCGUAAACCCCAAAAAGUCUGGUCCAUUUCACCACCGCGCUCCCUCGAAAAUUCUCUACCGGGCUAUCCGAGGUAUGACGCCCCACAAGACUCCUCGAGGAGCUGCUGCCCUUGAGAGGCUCAAGCUCUACGAAGGGGUUCCCCCCCCAUAUGAUCGCAAGAAACGCAUGGUUGUUCCGGAAGCUUUGAGGGUGUUAAGGUUGAAGCCCGGAAGGAAGUAUUGCACAGUUAAGCGGCUAUCGCAUGAGGUCGGAUGGGGUUAUAAAGAUGUUGUUGAUCGCCUUGAGGAGAAGAGGAAAAUCAAAGCACAGGCCUUCUACGACCGCAAGUUUGCUACUGCCAAGUUGCGCCAAAAGGCGACUGCAGAUGUCUCGUCAUCUUUCCCCCAGCUGACUGCUCUCGGCUACUAA